UAGCAGUGGCCCUUUUUUAUUGAGUAACUAGUACUUUUUAAUGUGGUAAGGUUAGGUGGAAAGAAAAUUAUUCCGACCAGUGUGGUACAAAAGGGAAAGUCAUGGAGUUUCUUCGAUCUCUCGGGUUGUCGCGGGACGGCUGUUUUGAUCCGAGUCCCUUCUGCGACCUUUAUUUUCAUGUGCAUGAGCUUUUGGCUGUCACUGGCGAAAAAGCACAGCAGACUGAUGACAAGCAAGUGUCGCUUCUUGUCCGGUCACACGGGUUUCCAGAGGACAGUCGCAGAUUCCUGAUUCAGUGGCCUGACGAGCGGUCCGUUUUCUUAGGCGACAUUCCAAAAGACGCUCUUUUGCUGUUACAAAUAUGGGAGGGAAAGAAGCCGCAAAAUGCUACUACAGCGCCCACUGCAGGGGCAGGGCAGACUGCAGUGAAGCUUCUCGGUCAGUUAUCGUUUGCGGUGUCAGAGGAGCUAUGCUAUAUGCGAUGGAUACGGAUCGAUAAGGAGGACGGUGCAGCUGGAGGUACAAACAGAAGCUUUCAGUGAAAGCGGAGCACUCUGUUCGCUUAAGAGUUAAUCGUUUGCUACCUGCUAGUACAAGGUAUGCCUUAUAUCCUUAAUUCUCACGACUACUAGUGCUAGUUUAUGAAGAUGUUGUUUGUAGAAGUCCUUUAGUUUUAGCUUCUCUGUCGUGUCGAUCGACAGGACAUUUGCGGAGCGGCGAAGAGGACAUGGCUGUGUGGCGUGCGCAACGUCGGAGCAUGAUCAGUCAAAGCGUGACACCUCUGUUGACGCCAUUUGAAAGUAAGGACCUUGCUGGGGGUGACAUUGACGUGGAGAAUCCGCCAUUCGUCACUCCCGGCAUUGUCCUUGAACAGCAGGCCGCGGCGACCUCUGAUCAGGUAGACACCAGUGCAGACAGUGUAGGCGAGAGUAAUGCAGGAAUCUCGCGUGGUGCAAGCAAGAAGGGAAUGCCGUCUUUGGGCUAUGCCAAGGAUUUGCCAACAAAAAUCGAUGCGCAGCACUGUUCGACGGUACCUGCAACUGCGCGCAGUUGUGUUUCAUCUCUCGUUGUGCAUCCGGGUCAGUUUUCAGAGGACGCCGCGGCAGCUCCGAUCCUCGCGUGUCUCUCGGUUUUUCCUGCGGAAGAUGCGAAGGCGCACUUCCCCUUGCACCCCUUCGAGAAGAACGGCGAGUUCAAGGCGCGAGCAUGGGCGCCACUUCUCGAGGCUGCCGACUCGCAGCACACUUGGCUCGCAGCACUGCUACGCGAGCAGCGGGAAUCUCUGUCUUUCAGGGAUGGGCCAGACAAUGUCGCGGAGACGACAGGCAGAAUAAUGGAAGAUCCUGGAACCUGCAGCACUCCGAGCUCCCCUAUUCCAGUUGUGAUCCGGAGAAGUAUCACUGAAAAAUCCAAGAAAGGAAACCGUAUUGCAAUUUGUGAGACACGUGAUAUCGACUUAGCUUGACCGUAGGUGGAUAGCUGGAGAAAAUGGAAAUUAGAAAGUGCUGAUCAACACCGUACAGACUUUCGAUGAAUCAGCAUGAAAUGCAGUGAAAGUUUUUUCCUCCACAUUAGGUAGAGAUCUUCCACCCGGACAGGCAAACGAUACAAAAGAGACGGCUGCGGGCAGUUCUGGAACUUCCAAAGAGUCGUCCAGCUCAUCAUACGCGGAUUGCACGGUGAGUCAAGAAACUUACAUAUAGGGUGCUCACUACGAUUUCUUUCUGCCAGCACUAGACGUUUUUUGCGAAAGUUCGUGGGGAUAAACAAGCAUUUUUACUAAAGUUUGGUCGAUAUUUCUCAAGCGUACAGUAUCACCUUGAUGUGAUAACUUUUUGUAGGAUGGCGAGGCCGAGGCAGUAGAGGUACAUUCCGCGCGUUCUGACGGUGUCCGCACGCGGGACCCCGAUGAGUUGGCGAAGACGAGGCCUGAAGCAAAUGUCGACGACUCUGUCAGUGAGCGGUCUGCGGCGGAAGCUACGGGAGAGCACGCGACGAAUCUGCGACGGCGCGUAGUCCUGCUGGAAGGAAAAUUAGCGCAGCGAGAAAUAGAGCGGGAGAGAUUGCAGGAAGAAUUUGAUCUAUCCAAAUCCAGCAGUGAGGGUUUGGUCUGCGGCUUACGGCGUAGACAGGAACAAGAUGCGGCAAAACAUAAGACAGAAAUAGUCCGUCUCCAGCAGGUUGUGGCGAAAAAAGACGCAACACUGAAGGUACGAGAAGUUUCAAUUUUGCGAAAUCUUGGCGAAUGGUAUAACUUAAUACUGAAAGAUCUUCGCAAACGAAAAUUAUCUCUUCGAUGCUCAUGAAGCAGAAACGUUUUUGCAAUGCUUCAUUUGAGUCUAAUUACUCUUGACCCAUACUAGGAACUAUUGCGAAAAAGCAACGUGAAAAUCGACGAAGGAAACGCGACAAUAUUGAAGUUGAAGAGCGAACGCGACAGGCAGAGGGAGCGAGCGGACAAGGGGGACACGGAAAGGGAGAAAUUAGGAGAAAAGAACCGCGAGCUGUUAGAUAUAGUGCACUCGCUGUACAGCGCAUCAGAAAAAGGAGGACUUGCUCUGGACCGCAGCAGCAUCGAUGCAUUCUCGAAGAAAUGGAACUCCCCGCCCUUGAUAUUGCACCACUCAGCAGCAGAGAACUCGGCUGAAACCCCACUGGAAACGAGCCAGCCAGGCGGUGCAGUCGAUAUGGUUUCACUCUUUCACUAUCAAUCAUCAAAAUGAAAACAAAAAGUAGAAUCUCAGUUACUGUAAGUAUGAUGUGUUACUAGCUACUAUGGUAAAAUCGAAAACGGCAACCUGCAAGAUGAAGUAGAUAGCGACUUCCAUACCUGCUCUAAUGCUGUCCUUCCUCCAGUAAGUGGACUCGAGGAUACUGUUAUUCCGGGACAUGGUGCAGCUGGUACUGGAGGCGGCGGCGUCGCGGGGACGCAAUUCGUUAGAGCUCGAUAGAUGUCACUCACUUUGUCUUGAAACAGCUCUAGCCACAAUCAAAGAAGGCGACACGGACUAUUUUGGGACCGCAGCAGCGAUACUAAAAAUUUAGAUAUAGAUUGAUCAAUCACAAGCUUACACAAGUCAAUCACAAGAAUCUCAUAUAGCAUAAAGGAUCUAGUAUGCAUAUUUCAUCGAAGAAAUGCAGUCGAGAAAAAAUGAAUCAGAUGAAAAUGAACAUUACGGACAUGGGUACCUCUAGUGCUUAUUUGAAGUGACGCCAUAAUCUUGGGUUACUAAAGUGUAGAAAUGUACAGUCCUUGACUUAACCAAAUGUAUGAAGCGAAAAACAGAGUAGUUUUAAGUUGCGUUGCAAACACGAUCCAUUAGUUACGAGUUGAUUCCCUUUUCGAGUUAUUCCUUCCAAGAAAUAUAUUCGGAAUGUCGCAGUUUUCCUGAGAUCGGCUACGAACCUUAGGCAAUCUACACGGAUGACGAUGCGCGAUUCGUAGUACCUACUCAGGCCUUUUUUUUUGUCGAUCCUCGUUCCCGUACUAGCCUCAAGUGGACGGGCAUGUCGAAUUUGAAAAAAGUCCAACAGCGAGGCUAUAAAGCAUUCGAUCUACAAACGCACGAUAAAACUAGAAGUAAUAGUGAUAUUAGUGUAGUCAACGGAGCAAAGUAGAAAUGACAAAGUCCGUGCUUCUAAUUGUUGAAUUUUCCCUCUCAUUACAUUGGCAGUAUUGAUCAUCACAUUCUCGUUUUCGUGGCAAUCUUUCACUAUUGACAUUGCCCACCUCGUGUGGAGUCAACUCAGAAAUCAAUAAGUCAGUCGAUCCCGAGCACGAGGAGUGCGCAUUAGAUGUGAAAGAAUAUUUAGUGGCAUCCAAAACGCGUCUGCGGAGCGGGUUUUGGUGCACUUAUCCGUUGGGAUGCUAUGUAUAAACUAACUUGACAUCAUCUUCAUCGCGAAGGAGGAAGUAUUGUUUUCCAUGAUAAAGAUGUGGUUACAAUACUCACGCUUGCUGUUGUCACGCCUAUGUAAUGAAUUCGAUUUACCUGCCGCUCCUGUUUCGUGAUUCAAAGGAAAGCAGUUGACGUCCUUCUCUUCGGGGUGAGUGUGGGGAAAAAAUGUGUGGAUCGCACUGAAAAUUGCAAAAAAGAG